AUGGACUUAAAGGCGGUCGUCGUCGGAAAAGACCAAGUUCAAGUGCCACUCCAGAGGUCCCUCUCGACGAUGACGACGAUGGACCUGAUGUCGAGUGACGCGCCCCUCAAGAUGCUCUCCAUGACGACGGGCGGCCUCAGCAAAGAAACCACGACCCUGCUUGAGGAGCGGACACCCACCACUCCCGAAGGACUCUGGAGGGCGUUCCUGCAGGGGUCUCACCACGCCCCCGCGCCCACCACGCCCAGGAUGGACAUCAUAGAUCGCCCAGGGUCCCCAGAAUCCCCAGGAGGAAGAGGGGGGAUAUCCCCAGGAGGGGGGGUUAACACCAGGGCUUCUCCGUCUCCUCCGCCGUCGAUGACUGCAGUGUGUGAAACGCAUGAUCCAUCAGCCUUGUUAUUCUCCUCCUCCUCCUCCUCCUCCUCCUCCUCCUCCUCCUCCUCCUCCUCCUCCUCCUCUUCCUCCUCCCGGCGGAAAGACAGCGCGCUAUAUCCGGGUCGCGGAAUGGUCGACGCGCCCUUGUCUUUCCCGCGGGAUUUUCGCCCCUCCCGUCCUCGGAGACGUGUGCCGCUCAUGCCCCACGAGAUGGCGGCAAACACCCCGCACCUACAUGGCAUAAACAACCAUCAAAUGCUUCCCCGGGCACUUAAGAUACCAGCGGGACCUUCGGCUAUUAUGCGAUGCUCAGUACAAUGGGACCCGACAUUAGCGACUCUUCAGACAACCUCUUCCGCGCUUUAUCGGGUCUUUUCGAGGACGACAAACACAGAUCUGGACGGCGACGAAGACCCAACAAGCAAGGGCCGGGUUGGCGGUGUCCCCGCGCCCUCGACAGGCAUGCCACAACAACAACAACAGCAACAACAACAACAACAGCAGUCGAGCCCAGGCAGCGGGACACCCAACAGCCAAAACGCAGCGGAAAUUCGACGCUACAGAACUGCCUUCACGAGGGAGCAGAUUGCCCGCCUCGAGAAGGAGUUUUACAAGGAGAACUACGUGAGUCGGCCGAGAAGGUGCGAGCUGGCGCAGGAGCUGAAUCUGCCCGAGUCGACGAUCAAGGUGUGGUUCCAGAACCGGCGCAUGAAGGACAAGCGGCAGCGCCUCGCCUUGGCCUGGCCCUACGCGGACCCUGCACUGGCGGCCUACCUCCUGCACGCGGCCGCCGCCACGGGCGCCUACCCUCCCUACCUUCCGCCCUCGCUCUCGCCAGGAUCUCCAUGGGCGGCCGCUGCGGCUGCAGCUGCUGCUGCGGGCGUGGGCGGCGCUCCGCCCAUUGGCUAUAACAUGCCCUCACAUCCGCCCUCGCUCACUCGAUUUGCGCCUUACCCGCGCCCUCAUCCCGGUUUGCUGUCGUCUCCCUACCUUCGGCCGGGAGACCUCCGCCCACACGACGUCCAGACGGCACUGCCCUCCUCCCCCCUCACGCCCACACCCGUGUCACCUCGCCCAUUAGUCGGAGGCCACCUCGCCACGUGUCCGCUCAGAGACUCUCCAAAAGUGGGCGGAGACUCGUGCGUUUGCGGCCUCCUGUACCCUGCCCUCCCCCUCUCUCACGCCCUCACGCCCACGCUGGAUGCCGCUCCCGCCCCCCUCACCACCUCCCCUCCGUCGGCCAACACCAGCCUCAGCGCGAACCCCCCCUCCGGCCCCCCGUCCCUCGCGACACCCGGGGCAUCGCUCGGCGGGCGCGCGUCCCCCCACAAGACGUCCUCGGGGCCCUCGCUCUUCCAGCCCUACAGGGACGACCCUUAA